GUGAGAGAGAGAGAGAGAGAGAGCGCAACAAGGACGGCGUGAAGGAGGUCCUUGUCGCUCUCCCACGCUCCUUCGUGCUGCCGCUGGGAUCUUGCGAUCCCUCGUUCGAGAAGGAAACUAUGAGUCAUUGAGUGUCCACUUCUACGUCUUCGCCUUCCCCGCCCCUUCGAUCGCCGAAAGCUCCCCUGAUCGCAACCCUAGCCCUAACAUCUCACCUCUCCACCUGUCCUUCCAUGGCCACCGCCGCCGCCGCCGCAUCGUCCUCAUCCUCCGUUGACGCUGAUCCCUCGUCAACCUCCGCAUCCCCACGCGCCGCACGGACCGUGCGCCAACCCUGGUCCCACGUCGUCCGCGGCGAGCCUGAAACUUCCGCGGCCGCCGCCCUGCCUCCCCCCUCCUCUCCUCCGCCUCAGCCGCAGGCUGCUACAAUCCCCUCUCCGGAUCCCUCCGAUCGGUCACCUCGGAAGUCGCCGCCGGAGGACGUGGCUCCGUCGUCAUCGGAAGCUGCCCGCGGGAAGAAGCCGGCCUGGAAGCGGCCAAUAAAUGGGGAGAUCGAGGCGGGCCCCGCCGUGAUGGGGGGCGCCGCCUCCUGGCCUGCCCUCUCUGAAUCCGCCAAGUCCGCUUCCGGUACCAGAUCAUCGUCGUCCGAUGCUUCGAAACCCCUUUCCGAUGGACCCCUCGCUGUGCCCCGGGAGCCUGCAAUUUCAACUGCUUCACCAAAGCCUAACUCGAAUCCAUCUUUGACCCCGAAGCCUAACUUGAAUCCAUCUUCAACCCCAAACCAUGUGGCAUCUGAACGCCAUCAAUCAAUGAAUCAAGGUGGCGGUAGUGGAAAUGGUGCCCUUGCCGUUCGUGAAGCGGCAUUGCCCUCACCACCACCGACUUCAGCACCACUGCCUCAGGUUAACCUGGCCAACCAGACACCCCAAGCACCCCCAGAACUCUCGACUCAAGAUCAAGCUGCUUCGACUUUGGACCAUGGUUCCUGGGGACUUGGAUUGGGAUCACAGACAUACAAUGGUGGUGACCACCAUAGAAGCUAUGGUGGCAACAGGCGGUGGAACAAUGGUGGUGGUUCUGGGUCUCAUAACAGCAAUUAUGGCAAUCGCCGUGAUCAGGAGCGUGGUGGCUAUGAUGGAUAUCGUAGGAAUACUGGUGGGAGGGACUUCAACAUGCAGCAGCGAGGUGCCCGGCCUUACUUUAGGCCACCACAUGUUGUGAACCCAUACCUCAGACCUCUCCCACAGGUUCGACCUUUUGGGAAUCCCAUGAUGUACCCUGAUAUGUCUUCUCCUGUCAUUUAUGUUGCCACUCAGCCACCUCCUGGGGUUCCUUUUGUUCCUCAUCCGGUGGUGCCCCCUGCAAUGUAUAUCCCUGCCAUUGAUCCGCAGCGUGCUGCUUUAUUGAAGCAGAUAGAUUACUAUUUCAGCUCGGACAAUUUGUGCAAAGAUAUUUAUUUGCGGCAGAAUAUGGAUGAUCAGGGAUGGGUCCCAUUAUCCGUGAUUGCUCAAUUUAAUAGAGUCAGGCAAUUAACAAACAGCACAGACUAUAUAUUGGAUACAGUGCGGUUGUCAACUGAAGUGGAAGUGCAGGGUGAGAAAAUAAGAAAGCGUAAUGACUGGAUGAAUUGGAUUCUGCCUUCCGGUCAGUCUACAGGAACAUCGAACUCUGAUAAUUUGUCAGCGCGCCUGCGAACUGUUGACCUAGAGGGGAACACUCUUCGGGGUAACACGGGAGUACCAAAUUAUAGUGAGGUAGUUCUUAGUAGAUCGGCAUCUGGGAACUUGAGGAAUCAGUUACAAAUGGCAGUAAAUCGAAAUGAUGCCAAUAGACGAGCCACUGGACUAGCAGAUUCACAUCCGACCAAUUCUGGAAGAAGUUUAGGCAGGAGUGACACGUUUUGAAGUUUACUCUUCACAAAUGGAUAAGCAUUAUUGGUUGUCUGAUGAGGGUUAUGUUUCUGCAACAGAACUUGGACUUUUUUUUUUUGUGUCAGUUUGAAGAGGAAAUCAAAACAACAAAAAACAACAGAAAAAUCUAAAAGAAAGAAAAGAAAAGAAGCAAAAAUGGGAAGUACAGAUUGAAUUUAGAAUUAUGAGGUUCUAUAGUGCAUUUCUGAGCUGUUGGUCAGUUAUUUUUUGGCUACCAACCUUUUCUUUCUUCUUGAAGAGGGGUCUAAACUAUUCUCUUUUUUGGGUUCCGAGGAUGGAAUUGGUCAUGGUCACUCUAAACUUCUUCAACUAGAUAUUUAUUUCUUGAUUUGUUUAUUCUCUUUCAUUAAACAAGAAACAUAGUAUUUUUAACAGUA